AAGCGUACCACCUCAUGCUUAUAAUGCUGUGUGAAAACGGUUUUACAAAACAUUUAAUAUCUUUAUAAUUUGCAUGAACAAAAUUAACAUAUUCUUUGUUUGGUAUUUGAUUUUAUAUUUGUGCAUAACAAGCACGGCACACGGCAUAAAUAAAAAAUAAUACAUUGUAUUUAAAAUUCUAUUUUGUUACGGUUUUGUUUAUUAUAAUCCAAAUGUCUAAAGUUCGAUUUAAUCAAAAGUAUGAUGAUACAAUUCAGUGCUUUAUCUUUUCUGCAAAAAAUUAUAAUAAUAGCGAAUGGCAACAACUAUGCAAUUCUAUAAAUAAAACAAUAAAAUUGUUAUCACAAGAAUACAUAUGGCAUCAAGACGAAUUUAAAGUGGUUUUGCCUAUUAUUUCUGGUGAAAAAAAUGAUAUUCCACAUCAUCUUAUUAGCAUAACAUGUUUUGGUGACAAUGUUGAGGAUGAGUGGUUUAUUGUGUAUCUUUUAUUAGAACUUACAAAAAAGUACCCAGACCUAAUUAUACAAAUUGAAGACAAUGACGGCGACUUUCUGCUAAUAGAGGCUGCCGAUUAUUUACCUACAUGGGCUAAUCCUGACACUACUGAAAACAGAGUUUUUAUUCAUGAAAAUUCUGUUCAUAUAAUACCACCUUGUAUUGUUCCUGUUGAUUCAACUCUUACAUUGAAUGAGGCUUUACAACUUCUUACACUAAAGUCUGAGGAAACUAAAGCUUCUCCAGAAAUACAACAAGCCAUUUUCAAAAGGAUUGAGAAUUACCCUCAACAAAUAAAUGAAAGUUGCCACAAAACUAUUAUAAAACUGCCUUUAGAAAUAGCUGCAGUAUUGAAACUGAAACCAUCUCUGAUUUCUUAUCUUGUGAGUACAUAUUGCAGUCUUGACACUCUUGAUGCAAAACUUUGUAAAGAUAUUGAUUUUAAUGAUGCUUUAAAUGUUGAAAUCAAGUUAACAAAAUUUUUAUAUGCUAUGCUUGUGCAUACAAGGUUCCCAACUGGUUAUAGAUUUAAGGCACUGGGAAACGACACCAAAACUCAACUUGGGUUAAAGUUGAUAUGUGCUUAUAAGAAAAUCAUGGCUAAGUCAUCUAAUGAUGUUUUCACUACACCAGAAUAUAUAACUUUUAUUAACAGCUUGAUAAAUAAUGGUUAUUUCAAAGAAAAUUUACAGGGGUCAAUUGAAUAUACAAGAUUAUUAGCAAAUGCAAAAUCUUACUUCGCCAAUAUGGAAUGUCCCAUAAGUACCUAUGUUUGUAAUGUUAUUAAUGAUAUUAAAUCAACUGAUAAAUUUAAAAGUACUAUUGAAUUAUUACAAAACAAAAGUGAUAGAGAUUUAUUAGAAGAGGAUGAUGAUACAUGGCUAAAUAUUCAUCCAGACCAAUUAAAUGUAUUUUUGAAUGAACGUUAUGGAAAGAAAAUUCAAAUAAAGAAUAAUGAUCCUAUAACUCCCCAUAUUAUAAACUCAGAAUUGACUAAAUUUUUAAAAGAGACAUCGGACUUUGAGGGUGUUGAAGAAGAUAAUAAAGAAAAUAGAGAAGAAGAUUCAAUUGAGUUUAAUUCGGAGCAAUUUGUAAAUUGCUUAGAAAAAAUGCUAAAUAUAAUUUCAUGUAAGGAUGUUUCUGAUGAUUCAGAUCAAAGUAAUUUUAGUGAUGAAUGUGACAGUUCUGCUGAAAUGAAUGAUGUAAACUUAGAUCAAGACAGAGAGCUUGCUUCAAAAUUAAAAACCACAGACAAAGGCAGUGAAAAUGAUGAAAAAACUGUACUUAAAAAUUUCAUCCAUAGCAUGAAAGAAGAAGGCUUAUCAGGGCCUGCUAGUACUGUAUUUAGAACAAUUGGAGUUAAUAAAAGUGAUUUAAUCGAUUCUGAUGAUGAUGUAUAAUUAUUUGUUUUAUAAAUACUUUCUAGUUCUA